UCAACUGUGUUGAACUGUCAGUUUGGCUGUCCGUCUCAGGGUUUUUGAGGUUAUGUUUUCCUCAAUUUCAUAAUGUGUUUUUGAUUUGCUAAUAAAGUAAAUCAUAAUGUCUCUUAUUAGAGCCGGUUUACAGAGGCUGUCUAACAUCUUUAGUGGUGGACAGGGAGGAGUUCUAUCCCGUUUCAUCACAAACUUAGCGCCUAUUGAGAAUAAAGCGCCGGAAGAAACUACAAAAGAUGUUAUUUCAACCUGCAACAAAUUGGCUCAAGCGUCGCGUAAUUUCGCCAUAAUACACCUUUUGGGAAAGCAAUGGAGAGUCACUGACGGUGAUUUGCUCGUCGUGGAAGGCUAUUGGCCACCAAACAUUGGAGAUAAGAUAAAACUUGAGAAAGUAUUACUUGCCGCUAACAAAGACUUCUCACUUAUUGGCCGGCCUUUAGUUCAGCCGGGUUUGGUGAAUGUAACAGCCACAAUUAUAUCCAAAGGUCUAUCUCACACAAGGACACACUUCAAGAAGAAGAGAAGGAAGCAGUUCAUGAGAAUUAACUUCCAAAGAGCUCAACAGACCAUGCUCCGGAUCAACUCAGUUGAAAUUCUAAACAAAAUUAAUGAACCACCCAAAAAUGAAUUUUAGUUUGACCUAGUUUUAAUUUUAAUGUAGAUAAUAAAACAGCAAUUAUGUUUAAA